AAUAUUUAAAGGCGUUAUGUGAAGUGAACAAGUCAUUUCCUGAAGGUGUUCCUGCUUUUUUGCGGUUUUUGUGUUCGUAUAUUUCAUGGGUAACAACUUGUUCAAUGCGGCAAGAUGGAUUAGUUAGAAGUAUUUGUAAAGCAUAACACAAUGCCUGAGAGAUUUACCAAAGUAUCAAGAUGGCCUCAACCUCGUCGACGGUCAAGAAAAAAUACACGAAACCAUAUCUUACAUAGCUCUGACAAAGCACCAUGGAUGUCGGAGAUUCAGGAUAAAGGAGAUUUAUUUUAUGUCGAAGAAUAUUUGGAAAGAGAACUUGAUAAUGCUCAAACUAAACAUGAAGUGAAUAGGAGUGAACUUAUUAAGGAGAGUCGUUUAGGGGGAAGCAAAUUUCUGGAUCUUUUGCCUGGUAAAAGGAAAAGUAAACAGUCUUUAGACGCUGUUUCUGCUGAACCUUACAAAAAAUAUGAAAACAAAACAUCUGCAAGAAAAAAAAUUGAUGUCAAACUACAUGUUAAUCUUCCAAGAAUUGGACCUUACAAAAGAGAUGAUUUAGAAAGUGUCCUUGGCAUUAUACCAUUAAAUGCCAUUGAUGUGAGUGACAGAGAUGAACUCAAUAUUUCAUACGAAUAUGGCAAAGAUUCAAGAAUUAUUAUUGCUGGGUUUAGUCCAAAUGGACCUGCAAUUUCUCACCAUGAAUUGGAAAUAGGUGACAUUAUCCUUGCACUUAAUGGCUUAGAGCUAAAUACGAACAAUGCUAAUGCUAUGCUAGGUGCUAUACCUGGUUCAAUGGAGGUUACACUUAAAGUACAGAAACAUUCACCUAUUGUACCAGUUUCAUUGAUGGACAAAUGCAGAAUAACUAACGACAAUCACUUGUUGAAAGUUGUCAGUUAUCAAAAUGUUGACAAUAAAAAUAUUAUCAACAGAAAGGGGUUUCAUUAUGGUGUCAUGUUUCUGUCAUUGAAUAUUUCAAGUGAAGAUGAAGUUGAGAAAGAUGUCUUGUUUCAAUAUCCUAAAGAUGCAAAGAAAAUUGUUUCCCUGCGAGGAAUAUUUUUGACAUUAGGUGAUUUACUUACUUCAUUGACGGGCUCAUCACCAUGCAGUACAAGUGUCAUAAUUGAUGAAAAAUUGGUUCAUAUUGGAUAUUUGAAGUUUAAUCAAGAAAUUUUUAUUUUAGCUCUUCCCUCAUCAAGGGCUUCAUUACUUCACCUAAAAAUACUGAUGGAGAAUUUAAAUCAACUUUUUUGCUUUAUGUUUGGAUCACUCUACAGAGCAUUUUGUGAUGGUGGUAAUACUUUACGUCUUCAACAUUUCUUUUCCUUAAUAUUUGAGUUCAUUCUUGGGGAAAAAUCAAUAUUUAAUGAUUACCAUAAGCCAUUUGAUUCAAUAGAGGAUUUUUUAAGCUGUACAAAAGCUGCUAGAUGGCUAGAUAUGCCCUCACAAGCACAGGUCCAUAUAGAUACAUGUUUGAAUGAGAUUGAGGCGAAUGACUUUGAAUGGGCUGAUGAAAUCUUUACAAUGAGACGACAAUAUCUUGUCAUUGGUUCAUGUUUAUUUUAUAAGGGUGUUCUUAUUGGCAAUCAUAUCCCGCCAGAAGAUUUAGAAGAUAUUGUGCUCUACUGUAGAUUGCAUUGUUUGUUUAACACAUCAGAACAACAACGCUUAGCACAGUUGGUGAUAUGGAGAGAGGUGUUUUUUACGAAGAAGAAAAAUAUUCAACAAAAUUCGCCGUUGGACAUCCAACCACGAACUUUUCUUUUAAUCAUUGGAUUGAAACAUUUCUUGAUUUGCAUUAUCCUAGAAGCUGGUAUUGUAUCACAAAGGGCCGUUGGCAAUCCUGGUCCUGAUCCAUAUUAUAUUAAUCUUGCUAAGAAUAUUUUAUAUGAAGUAGAAAGUUUGGGCAUUCCUUCAGCAUGUGAAUCAAAUCUUCAAAACGAUGCUGGUCCUCCUACAGUAUUGGCUGACCAUUUAUUGUUAAAUACAAAAUCUGGCUCUGUGGACAAAGUGACCAACAGCGGAAAGGGAAAGACUGUGGGUUUAGCCGAAAAUUUCAGAUCUUCAGGUCUAGAUGAGAUAGAUUCAGUCAAAUCUGAUCUUAGUGGCGGUAAUGUUGGAACAGUUGCUUCACCAGUUCAUCGAAAUCAUACUCAUCGCGAAUCUAGUUCUUCAGAUGGCUCUAAAGUUGCAAAUGGCAGCAUUGAAAAAAUGAACUCAAGAAUUAAUAAAUCAGCGUUAACUUUAGCCAAACUGAGAAAAAAUACUGAAGAUAAUAUGGAAGUAAAAUUAGGUUUUCUUAACAAGCUUUCUUCAGGCGAAGAAAACACAGUAUUUCAUUAUAUUGUGCAUAAUACCUUUCACGGAAUAGUCAUGUCUCCGUUUAUGACAGCGUCUAAUGGAAAACUCCACGAUGAAGUUCUUAGAAAUUUCAAUAAAGCGUGUCUAAAGAUUAGAAAGCAUUUUCGGCGCCAUAUGGCAGUAGACGACAGUAAAAGAUGUAGCAGUGACGUUUCUACGAAGUUUAUGUCUACCUCAAUUGACUCAAUAAAUGAAAUGGGAAUACAAUUUAAUGUAAUGGAUUACAAGAAGAAGGAUCCUGUUCUAAGAUAUUGGGUUAAAGGGAGACUAUUUACUCAUGAGUGCAUAAAAGAAUUUUACGUCUGUUAUCAAGAUUCUGCAGCACAAAAUAUGGUUGAACUUGCUUUCAAGCUUGGUUUUGGUACCCCUAUUUAGUAAGCAGUAAUGAUUAUAUCACCAUUCAUAGCAGACUUGCAGGUAAAUAACCACAUCAACAUUGAUGUAUAGUCAAUAACCACAUCAACAUUGAUGUAUAGUCAAUAACCACAUCACCAUUGGUGUAUGGUAAAUAACCACAUCACCAUUGAUGUAUGGUAAAUAACCACAUCACCUUUGAUAUAUGGUCAAUAACCACAUCAACAUUGAUGUAUAGUCAAUAACCACAUCACCAUUGGUGUAUGGUAAAUAACCACAUCACCAUUGAUGUAUGGUAAAUAACCAUAUCACCAUUGAUGUAUGGUCAAUAACCAUAUCACCAUUGAUGUAUGGUCAAUAACCAUAUCACCAUUGAUGUAUGGUAAAUAACCACAUCACCAUUGAUGUAUGGUAAAUAACCAUAUCACCAUUAAUGUAUGGUCAAUAACCACAUCACCAUUGAUGUAUGGUAAAUAACCAUAUCACCAUUGAUGUAUGGUCAAUAACCACAUCACCAUUGAUGUAUGGUCAAUAACCACAUCACCAUUCACAUAUGGUCAAUAACCAUAUCACCAUUGAUGUAUGGUCAAUAACCACAUCACCAUUCAUAUAAUGUCAAUAACCACAUCACCAUUGAUGUAUGGUCAAUAACCACAUCACCAUUCAUAUAAUGUCAAUAACCAUAUCACCAUUGAUGUAUGGUCAAUAACCACAUCACCUUUGAUAUAUGGUCAAUAACCACAUCACCAUUGAUGUAUGGUCAAUAACCACAUCACCAUUCAUAUAAUGUCAAUAACCACAUCACCUUUGAUAUAUGGUCAAUAACCACAUCACCAUUGAUGUAUGGUCAAUAACCACAUCACCAUUUAUGUAUGGUCAAUAACCACAUCACCAUUUAUGUAUGGUAAAUAACCACAUCACCAUUCACAUAUGGUCAAUAACCACAUCACCAUUCAUAUAAUGUCAAUAACCACAUCACCAUUGAUGUAUGGUCAAUAACCACAUCACCUUUGAUAUAUGGUCAAUAACCACAUCACCAUUGAUGUAUGGUCAAUAACCACAUCACCAUUCAUAUGUCAAUAACCACAUCACCUUUGAUAUAUGGUCAAUAACCACAUCACCAUUGAUGUAUGGUCAAUAACCACAUCACCAUUUAUGUAUGGUCAAUAACCACAUCACCAUUCAUAUAUGGUCAAUAACCACAUCACCAUUGAUGUAUGGUCAAUAACCACAUCACCAUUCAUAUAUGGUCAAUAACCACAUCACCAUUGUAUGGUCAAUAACCACAUCACCAUUCACAUAGGGUCAAUAACCACAUCUCCAUUGAUGUAUGGUCAAUAACCAUAUCACCAUUGAUGUAUGGUCAAUAACCAUAUUACCAUUCACAUAUGGUCAAUAACCACAUCUCCAUAUGUAGCAAGUCAAUGCAUGGCAAUAACCAACAAAUGACCAACAUAUUUAAUAUUUAUAAAAAGAACAGAUGCAGUAUCCAUAUGUUAUAUUUACAAGAAAUAUUCAUAAUUCUAACUAUAUAGAUCAUAUAUUCAUAAUUUCUUACAUUAUGUAAGUGAGCUCAUUAUGGAAUUUAACUUUAAAAUUUAGUAAAUUUUUAAUCAUUGUAUAUACAUUAUAUUUUUGUUGAAUAAUGCAUAAUGUUUAAAUAGUCUGGUUA